UCCGGUGCUUCAGGUCGGUUUGAGUUCCGCUGCGAUGCCUGGACGCUGCUGCUCGGAAAUGCUCCCCGGGUCUCCGGAGCGCACGAGGCGGAUUCAGCCGGCGGAUGGGCCGCAGCACCGGCGGGGAUUUGGCUGCUGAUCCUCGGUUCGGCAUCCACGGAACGGAGGGACCUGCAUCACGCCUCGCGGUGGUGGGGGACACUGUGCGCGGCCGUCGGGGGCAUCGAUGUUAUUUAAUUCCGACACUUGACUUGAACAUGAGCACGGAGGAGGCAGGGGCGAGGGGAGGCACCGCCAUCACCCACCGCCACACCUGGGAGGAAGAACCGCGCGCCCCCCGAGGACGUCCGCAUCCCGAGGACGAGGCGGAGCCGGGAGAGGAGCGGGAGGAAGGGGAGGACUGUCGGGAGGACCGGGGCUGCGGGGACACAUGUGGGGGCGCCUUGCAGGAAUCCAACCGGGGGGAUUGUUCCAGCGAGGAUGGGGCGGUCGGGGGAGCAUCGUGCAAGACGCAGGCGAUGCAUUCAAACUGCAGCAGCGACACGUGCAUCCCCACUCCCAGCUGCCGCAUCUGCUUCCAAGGCGCAGAGCAGGUGAGUGAUGUCAUGUGGGUGGACCCGGGCUCAG